AUGGAAAGCGUCUGGGGAGUAGAGGCAGGGACACCGGCUGAGCUGCUUGCCAGUGGACCCGGCCCCGCGUACGGGCCAGCAAGCGGAGCACUCCGCGUAGGAAACAGGGUGGCCCUGGAGGCGGCGGCAACCCUCCAGGAGCACUUACCUCCGCACAAGGAGUUGCUUCUGCCCCAACCCCAACCGGGGGAAGCUGGCGACUGUGAGCAGUCCCACAGCCUAUCCUGUCCACGGAGCACUGCCCACCGGCUGCAAGCCAAGCGCAGCACCAAGGCCCAGAGGAAAGGACUCAGCCGCACAGCGUCUGGACAAAGAGUGCUGAAGCGGGUGAGCCCUUCUCUGUACCCCCUUGGCAAUAUAGGGGAGCCGCUCCUCACUGGUGCCCUCUUCUUCAAAGAAGGUUUCGUCUCCCCGCAAUCCUUUCCUAAAAGGCGCAGAACUCGGAACCGAAGCAAGCCCCUUAACGGUCAGAACGGUGGCCAAGAGGCGGUAAGCCUGCACAGGCGCAAGCUCAAAGCACGGCUCAAAAAGUGGAAGUACAUUCAAAGCAUUCUCCAGAAACACUCGGAAAUCCCUGAGUGCGAAGAGGAGGCCAUUCUCAACCUGGCUGAAGAAGUGGAGGGUGGUGGUGACCCCGGUUCCCUGGAGACCUGGACCAUCAAAGCUCUUCUUGAAGCAGCGUCCAGCAGGGACUCUUCAGGGUUGGAGCUCCUCGCCCGCGCCGCCGAGGAUAUUAUCGACGAUCUUCAGGCUGGCAGAGAUAGCGUAAUUGCGAUCCGGUCCUCAAACAUCACCACUUGGAGGAAGGAAAUCCAGGCUUGGAUAAAGGCCAGCAAGGAGGACAUUUUCCUUCUGCAAGAGACUCACCUUAACAAGAAGGCCUACCACCAGAUGUACCGGCAAAUGACGCAGGCCGGGUAUCAGGUGUUCGGGGGUCAAGCGCACCCGUGCGAGACCAAAGGCACUAAAGGUGGAGUCUGCGUCCUCGUAAAAUCGCACAUGCAGGCGGCCUCCCAAGGCCAGCACAUUGUUGAAGGUGCAGGAAUAGAGGCGAUAUGUGUCCGCCGGGGAGGUGUUAGCCUCCUUCUCAUCAGCGUCUACCUCAAGUGCAGCACCCCGCUCGAUAUUCCUCCCAACAGCGAAAUCAUGGCAGCCCUGCUCAGCGUGCUUUCGCAGCAUAAAGGACAGUGGCUAGUCGCAGGAGACUGGAACUGCACACCGGAAGAGCUUCUCUCCACUAACAUUCUGCCCCAUAUUAAGGGUCACCUGAUCGCAACUGGAGAGGCAACGUGCCAAUCCGGUCGAGAGCUCGAUUUUUACAUCAUCAGUGCAGGCCUGCAAGGCAAGGUCAGAAGCACGGUGGACUGGACAGUGCCCCACAGGCCGCACGCUGGCCUCUGUAUUUCCCUUACCGCUAUAGCUGUGGAGGAGCCUGUGUAUGAAUCCGCCAGUGUUCAAACACCCAUCAGCAUCCUCGGCCAGACCAGCAUCAACGACGUCGUGUCUCUUUCCUUUGCACGUCUGUCAGCAGCAUGCCAAAAGGCCCUCUACCCCAACGAGACAAUGCCAAGGGGAGCCAGCCUCGACUUUCUGCGAAAGCCGGCACUCAAGCCCGACCCGGUGGGGUUGUACUCCGCCCAGCCCGCGCUCUGGGCGAAGGCGGCAGCCUGGUUACUCGGCCUCACCACCGACUGUGCCCGGGCUUACCCGGCCUCCGGCGUGCAUCAGCUCAUAGGGACCCUCCUUGUGCCUGAAGGGUACGGCGCCAAGCCUGGCUGGCAAACAGACCUUAUGAAUACCCUUCUUGGCCAAAGUGAGGUCCAGGAGGAGCUGGUAGAGUGGGUCAAUGCCAUCGCCAAGCACUCAAGCAGCGAAGUGCGAAAAACCGGGCGCGCGGAGUAUGAAGAAUGGAUCACCGGCGCCGUCAAGAAAGGUAUGAGGCCUCUUUUCAGGGCAGUCAAGGCACACGAGCAGUGUUUCGACCGGCCCUUCCGCGAUCAUGACCCAAAAAGCAGACCAUUUUUGAGGCUUAAGCAGUGGAUGCCAAUCUGGAAAGCAGGCCCCUCGCCUGCCGAGGCCUGCAUCGCGCGGGUUAAAGACCGGGCUAUAUGCGAACGGGCAACGCUGGCCCCGCUCAGCUCCGACGAAGUCGGCACCAGGCUUCGGCGAUGCCCCCUCCGGGAGCAAGCGGCGCUCACCGACACAUGCGACAAGGUGGCCACUGCGGUUAGCACAUGGUUAGGCAAGAGAUGCAAGAGUGUUCGCAAAAAAGCAGUCACAAGGGGAGGGCCCGGGGACGGGGUGCCUGCCCAACAGGGGAACAUCAUUGCGGCCUUCCAUGCAAAGGACCGUGAGCUUCUCCCUGCCAUGGGCAAACCAGGGCAGGGGAAGUACCAGCCGAAAGGUAAGGGAUGCAAGGGCAAAACAAAGAGCACUCUUCCCCGUCAACUUCAGGAUGCAGCAGCUGUUGUCAACAGCAAACGAAGGAGCGAGAACUUGCCCACAAAGUCAGUCGCCUCCAUAGCUAGGUCCAAGGCGAGAUCUGGCUUGCACCAUGAUGCAAUAUCUGAGGCUCGGGAGAUCGACAGCAGGAGCAUAGCUGCACCGGCGAAAGCCCCGCCGCCCCCUCCUGAAUCCAAGCGACAAAAGGAGGAGAGGGAAGCGAGGGAGGCGCUCAAAAUUGCAUGCGCUGAGCCACUGCCGUGGAAAAGGCGAGAAAUGAAGAGAGCCCAGUCGCAGGAUAGUGGAGCCCUUUCGAGCACUGGGCCUACGGAGGAGGUAGCUCAGGCGGCUCUCCGGGCCACACCGCCGUGGGUUGAGAUGCUCACCCAAUCGGCCAACGGCGAAGCGACACUGACAGGACCGCGUGAGCCCAACAGAAGCAACCCUAGGGCGCUGCUUCACUUUGUGCCCCAAAGGUUGAUGCCCACUGCAGAGGCCUGGCCUUUCGGGCCCCUCACGCAACUCAAGCCUGGGAACGACAAAAUCACGUUUGCUCUCCCUGACGAUUGGAUCCUCAAAAUGUCCAUCCAACAGUUAACACCAGAGAAGGCCUACGGUGAGUUGCUCCCGGGCUUGGUGGCAAGGACCAUUUGGACCGGAAGGCUGAGGGUACGCCUGUUUACCACGGAGGCAGCCACGACGCUGGCGCUCGAGGGUUCCAUCCAGGCCAAGAUGGACCAUGCGAUUGACUGGCUCACCCACGCUGGGUCAAGAGAUCGCCUCCGUUUCCUGGCGUACUACAGCAUUGUUUUGGUAUACCUUGCCUCAACCUGCCAACUUACUUUGAAAGACCUCGGAGAGAACAAUCUCGCACUGUGGCCGGGUACGAGCUCCUCCCCGGUUCCGCGCCUUGGCUUUUACGACACCCUGACUUGGAGGAAAGGCGGCAAACCGUCCACAGGGUGGAGUGGCUUCUGGAACCUCGUCAAGAAGUUUGAGCCAUUGCGGGUCAGCUGGUUUGCCUCUGUCCUGGCAGACCCUUUCAAGAACCCCGGGGCCACAGUCCAAACUCUCCUUGAGGAAUGCCAGCCCUAUCUCGAGCAUCUGAUUCAUCAAGGAGUUCUAACUCCGCAGGGGCAUUUUGCCGAAAAUGAACCUGCUCGAGGAUAA